AUGUACAGGUUUCCCUUAGACCGAUAUUCUUUUGACGAAUGUUCCUUGAACCAAUGUUCCUCAGAACAAUAUACUUUUGACAAAUUUUCCUUAGACCAAUGUUCCUCAGAACUAUAUUCUUUUGACGAAUGUUCCUUAGACCAAUGUUCCUCAGAACUAUAUUCUUUUGACGAAUGUUCCUUAGACCAAUGUUCCUCCGAACUAUAUUCUUUUGACGAGUGUUCCUUAGACCAAUGUUCCUCAGAAUUAUAUUCUUUUGACGAAUGUUCCUUAGACCAAUGUUCCUCAGAACUAUAUUCUUUUGACGAAUAUUCCUUAAACCAAUGUUUCUCAGAACUAUAUUCUUUUGACGAAUGUUCCUUAGACCAAUGUUCCCCAGAAUUAUAUUCUUUUGCCGAUGGUUUCUUAGACGAAUGUUUCAUAGACAAAUGUUCCUCAGAACUAUAUUCUUUUGACGAAUGUUCCUUAGACCAAUGUUCCUCAGAACUAUAUUCUUUUGACGAAUGUUUCUCAUACCAAUGUUCCUCAGAUCUAUAUUCUUUUGACGAAUGUUCCUUAGACCAAUGUUCCUCAGAACUAUAUUCUUUUGACGAAUAUUCCUUAAACCAAUGUUCCUCAGAACUAUAUUCUUUUGACGAAUGUUUCUCAUACCAAUUUUCCUCAGAUGUAUAUUCUUUUGACGAAUGUUCCUUAGACCAAUGUUUCUCAGAACUAUAUUCUUUUGACGAAUGUUCCUUAAACCAAUGGUCGUCAGAAUUAUAUUCUUGUGAUGAAUGUUUCAUAGACCUAUGUUUCUCAGAACUAUAUACUUUUGACGAAUGUUCCUUAGACCAAUGUUCCUCAGAAUUAUAUUCUUUUAAUCAAUGUUCCUUAGACCAAUGUUCCUUAGAAUUAUAUUCUUUUGACGAAUGUUCCUUAGACCAAUGUUCCUCAGAACUAUAUUCUUUUGACGAAUGUUCCUUAGACCAAUGUUUCCCAGAACUAUAUUCUUUUGACGAAUGUUCCUUAGACCAAUGUUCCUCAGAACUAUAUUCUUUUGACGAAUGUUCCUUAGACCAAUGUUCCUCAGAACUAUAUUCUUUUGCCGAAUGUUUCUUGGACCAAUCUUCCUCAGAACUAUAUUCUUUUGACGAAUGUUUCUUAGACCAAUGUUUCUCAGAACUAUAUUCUUUUGACGAAUGUUCCUUAGACCAAAUAUUCCUCAGAUCUAUAUAUUUUGACCAAUGUUCCUUAGACCAAUGUUCCUCAGAACUAUAUUCUUUUGACGAAUAUUCCUUAAACCAAUGUUCCUCAGAACUAUAUUCUUUUGACGAAUGUUCCUUAGACCAAAUAUUCCUCAGAUCUAUAUAUUUUGACCAAUGUUCCUUAGACCAAUGUUCCUCAGAACUAUAUUCUUUUGACGAAUAUUCCUUAAACCAAUGUUCCUCAGAACUAUAUUCUUUUGACGAAUGUUCCUUAGACCAAUGUUCCUCAGAACUAUAUUCUUUUGACGAAUGUUUCUCAUACCAAUGUUCCUCAGAUCUAUAUUCUUUUGACGAAUGUUCCUUAGACCAAUGUUCCUCAGAACUAUAUUCUUUUGACGAAUAUUCCUUAAACCAAUGUUCCUCAGAACUAUAUUCUUUUGAGGAAUGUUUCUUAGACCAAUAUUCUCUCUCUCUCUCUCUCUCUCUCUCUCUCUCUCUCUCUCUCUCUCUCUUUAUUGUCUUUGUAUCUACUGUCAUUUACUUUUCAGCCAAGCACUAUUGUCUUUGUAUCUACUGUCAUUUACUUUCAGCGAAGCACUAUUGUCUUUUAUCUACUGUCAUUUACUUUCAGCCAAGCACUAUUGUCUUUGUAUCUACUGUCAUUUACUUUCAGCGAAGCACUAUUGUCUUUUUGUAUCUACUGUCAUUUACUUUCAGUGAAGCACUAUUGUCUUUGUAUCUACUGUCAUUUACUUUCAGCCAAGCACUAUUGUCUUUUAUCUACUGUCAUUUACUUUCAGCCAAGCACUAUUGUCUUUGUAUCUACUGUCAUUUACUUUCAGCCAAGCACUAUUGUCUUUGUAUCUACUGUCAUUUACUUUCAGCCACAACUAUUCUUUGUAUCUACUGUCAUUUACUUUCAGCGAAGCUAACUAUUGUCUUUUAUCUACUGUCAUUUACUUUCAGCCAAAGCACUAUUGUCUUUGUAUCUACUGUCCUUACUAUCAGCCUGUGUCUUUUUACUUUCAGCCAAACACCAUUGUCUUUGUAUCUACUGUCAUUUACUUUCAGCCAAGCACUAUUGUCUUUGUAUCUACUGUCAUUUACUUUCAGUGAAGCACUUUUGUCUUUGUAUCUACUGUCAUUUACUUUCAGUGAAGCACUAUUGUCUUUGUAUCUACUGUCAUUUACUUUCAGCGAAGCAUUGUCUAUCUACUGUCAUUUACUUUCUUUAUUGUCUACUGUCAUUUACUUUCAGCCAAGCACUAUUGUCUUUUGUAUCUACUGUCAUUUACUUUCAGCUUUUGUAUCUAUACCGUCAUUUACUUUCAAGGAAGCACUAUUGUCUUUGUAUCUACUGUCAUUUACUUUCAAGCACUAUUGUCUUUUAUCUACUGUCAUUUUACUCAGCCAAGCACUAUUGUCUUUGUAUCUACUGUCAUUUACUUUCAUUGUCUUUGUAUCAAGCACUAUUGUCUGUCUUUGUAUCUACUGUCAUUUACUUUCAGCGAAGCACUAUUGUCUUUUAUCUACUGUCAUUUACUUUCAGCAAGCACUAUUGUCUUUGUAUCUACUCGAAAACACUAUUGUCUUUGUAUCUACUGUCAUUUACUUUCAGCGAAGCACUAUUGUCUUUAUCUACUGCGUCAUUCCACUUUCAGCCAAGCAUAUUGUCUUUGUAUCUACUGUCAUUUACUUUCAGCGAAGCACUCAUUGUCUUUGUAUCUACUGUCAUUUUUACUUUUUUCAAAGUCAAGCACUAUUGUCUUUUAUCUACUGUCAUUUACUUUCAAUAAGCACUAUUGUCUUUGUAUCUACUGUCAUUUACUCUUCAGCCAAGCACUAUUGUCUUUGUAUCUACUGUCAUUUACUUUCAGCCAAGCACUAUUGUCUUUGUAUCUACUGUCAUUUACUUUCAGCGAAGCACUAUUGUCUUUGUAUCUACUGUCAUUUACUUUCAGCGAAGCACUAUUGUCUUUGUAUCUACUGUCAUUUACUUUUUGUCUUUGUAUCUACUGUCAUUUACUUUCCAGCCAAGCACUAUUGUCUUUGUAUCUACUGUCAUUUACUUUCCAGCGAAGCACCAUUGUCUUUGUAUCUACUGUCAUUUACUUUCAGCGGGGCUAACUAUUGUCUUUGUAUCUACUGUCAUUUACUUUCAGCCAAGCACUAUUGUCUUUGUAUCUACUGUCAUUUACUUUCAGCGAAGCACUAUUGUCUUUGUAUCUACUGUCAUUUACUUUCAACUGAAGCACUAUGUCUUUGUAUCUACUGUCAUUUACUUUCAGCGAAGCACUAUUGUCUUUGUAUCUACUGUCAUUUACUUUCAGCCAAGCACUAUUGUCUUUGUAUCUACUGUCAUUUACUUUUGAAGCACUAUUGUCUUUGUAUCUACUGUCAUUUACUUUCAACGAAGCACUAUUGUCUUUGUAUCUACUGUCAUUUACUUGAAAGUAGUUUCACUAUUGUCUUUUGUAUCUACUGUCAUUUACUUUCAGCAAGCACUAUUGUCUUUGUAUCUACUGUCAUUUACUUUCAGCGAAGCACUAUUGUCUUUGUAUCUACUGUCAUUUACUUUCAGCCAAGCACUAUUGUCUUUAUAUCUACUGUCAUUUACUUUCAGCCAAGCACUAUUGUCUUUGUAUCUACUGUCAUUUACUUUCAAUGGGCUAAUUAUUGUCUUUGUAUCUACUGUCAUUUACUUUCAGUGAAGCACUAUUGUCUUUGUAUCUACUGUCAUUUACUUUCAGCCAAGCACUAUUGUCUUUGUAUCUACCUGUCAUUUACUUUCAGCGAAGCACUAUUGUCUUUGUAUCUACUCAAGAAUUGUCACAUUUACUUUGUCUUUGUAUCUACUGUCAUUUACUUUCAGCCAAGCACUAUUGUCUUUGUAUCUACUGUCAUUUACUUUCAGCCAAGCACUAUUGUCUUUGUAUCUACUGUCAUUUACUUUCUUUCUAUCUACUGUCAUUUACGAAGCACUAUUGUCUUUGUAUCUACUGUCAUUUACUUUCAGCCAAGCACUAUUGUCUCUAUCUGUCAUUUACUUUCUACUGUCAUCUACUGUCAUUUACUUUCCAAGCACUAUUGUCUUUAUCUACUUGAAGCACUACUAUCUACUGUCAUUUACUUUUAUCUACUGUCAUUUACUUUCAGCCAAGCACUAUUGUCUUUGUAUCUACUGUCAUUUACUUUCAUAAGCACUAUUGUCUUUGUAUCUACUGUCAUUUACUUUCACGUUACACUAUUGUCUUUGUAUCUACUGUCAUUUUACUUUCUUCAGCGAAACACUCUUGUCUUUUAUCUACUGUCAUUUACUUUCAGUGAAGCACUAUUGUCUAUUGUAUCUACUGUCAUUUACUUUCAGCCAAUUGUCUUUGUAUCUAUCACUAUUGUCUUUGUAUCUACUGUCAUUUACUUUCAGCCAAGCACUAUUGUCUUUUGUAUCUACUGUCAUUUACUUUCAGCCAGCACUAUUGUCUUUGUAUCUACUGUCAUUUACUUUCAGCCAAGCACUUUAUUGUCUUUGUAUCUACUUAUCUACUGUCAUUUACUAGUUGUCUUUCUAUCUACUGUCAUUUACUUUCAAGGAAGCACUAUUGUCUUUAUUAUCUACUGUCAUUUACUUUCAGCGAAGCACUAUUGUCUUUGUAUCUACUUGACACUAUUGCUAUCUACUAUCUGUUACUCUACUGUGUCUGUAUCUACUAUCAUUUCAGCACUCUUGUCUUUAUCUACUGUCAUUUACUCAGCCAAACUUUUAUUGUCUUUCUCUACUAUCAUUUACUUUCUUAAGCACUAUUGUCUUUAUCUACUCAUCUACUAUCAUUUACUUUCAGUGACACUAUGUGCUAUCUACUAUCUGUUACUCAAUAGCACUGUGUCUGUACUUUCUACUAUCUACAUUUACUUUAUUUGUGAACUUUCACUCUAUUGUGUUUUUAUCUACUGUCAUUUACUUUCAGCGACACUAUUGUCUUUAUUAUCUCUACUGUCUUUACUUUCUGAAGCACUAUCUUUGUAUCUACUCGAAGCACUCAUUGUCUUUCUUUUGUAUCUACUGUCAUUUACUUUCAGCAGCCAAGCACUUUUGUCUUUGUAUCUACUGUCAUUUACUUUCAGUGAAGCACUCAUUGUCUUUGUAUCUACUGUCAUUUUACUUCAGCGAAGCACUAUUGUCUUUUGUAUCUACUCUGCUAAUUAUUGUUCUUUAUUAUCUACUGUCACUUACUUUCAGCGAAGCACUAUUGUCUUUGUAUCUACUGUCAUUUCUUUCAAAGGAAGCACCAUUGUCUUUUAUCUACUGUCAUUUACUUUCAGUGAAGCACUAUUGUCUUUGUAUCUACCGUCAUUUACUUUCAGCCAAGCACUUUUGUCUUUGUAUCUGUCGCUUACUUUCAGUGAAGCACUAUUGUCUUUGUAUCUACCGUCAUUUACUUUCAAUAAUCAUUGUCUUUUUAUCUACUGUCAUUUACUUUCAGCUAGCACCAUUGUCUUUGUAUCUACUGUCAUUUACUUUCAGCCAAGCACUUUUGUUCUUUGUAUCUACUGUCAUUUUGUCUUUGUAUCAGUCAUUUACUUUCACUAUUGUCUUUUAUCUACUGUCAUUUACUUUCAUGAAGCAUAUUGUCUUUUGUAUCUACUCCAAGUCAUUUAUUGUCUAUUGUAUCUAUCUGUCAUUUACUUUCAGCCAAGCUUUUUAUUGUCUUUGUAUUCACUGUCAUUUACUUUCAGCAGGCACUAUUGUCUUGUAUCUACUGUCAUUUACUUUCAGCGAAGCACUAUUGUCUUUUCUACUGUCAUUUACUUCAGCCGUUCUAUUGUCUUUCUUAUCUACUCGAAGUCUUUAUCUACUAUUGUCUUUGUAUCUACUGUCAUUUACUUUCAGCGAAGCACUAUUCUUUUGUAUCUACUGUCAUUUACUUUCAGCCAAAGCACUAUUGUCUUUGUAUCUACUGUCAUUUACUUUCAGCGAAGCACUAUUGUCUUUGUAUCUACUGUCAUUUACUUUCAGCGAAGCACUAUUGUCUUUAUCUACUGUCAUUUACUUUCAGCGAAGCACUAUUGUCUUUGUAUCUACUGUCAUUUACUUUCAGCGAAGCACUAUUGUCUUUGUAUCUACUGUCAUUUACUUUCAGCGAAGCACUAUUGUCUUCUUCUAUCUACUGUCAUUUACUUUCAGCCAAGCACUAUUGUCUUUGUAUCUACUGUCAUUUACUUUCAGCGAAGCACUAUUGUCUUUGUAUCUACUGUCUUUCAGUGA